UGCUCGUGACUAUUCUAAUCUUUUCUGUGGCAUAAACAAUCAUAUCUAGUUUCGUAUAGGUGGAUCCUGUAAAACUGAUUAUUGUUGUUAUUUACUGGUGAAAUUGAGUUUUAUUUGAGCAUUCUGUAAAAGCAAUAUUUAGUUCGUAUUUGUAUUCACGUUAGUUCAUACAUUCAGUAUUUGAGUACAUAUAAAGAUUGCUGGGCAUAAGUUAACCUCGACAACUCACUUGUUAUAUAGAGUAGAUUUUCUUAUUAAAUGUAAUAAUAGCAACAAUUUUCUUUUUACCACGUACGACUUGUCUGUAAACAGAACCUUGUUCUUUUGAACGAUAAUGGAGGUAGAUAGAAGUAUACAGUUGCAAAAACUAGCAAAAGAUAUGUCAGAAGAUAUACAGAGAGAGUUUUUGGAUAUAAAGAACUGGGAAGAACAGAUGAAACGUGCAGAAUCUGAUAUUCGAAACACUACUGGAGAUUUUGAAGUCCCACCAAUCAGAAGUAAAAAAAUUAAAACAGAUAAAAAGCCGAAGAAGAUUAACACUACUGAAGUGAAACGCAUAAAAUCAUUUGAUUAUGCAGCUUGGGAAAAGUUUAAUGCUGAUAAAGCAUGCAAAGAAGUUGAUGAACAAGAUGAAUCUAAUGAAUCAGAAAUAAUUACACAAGAAGAAUUGCAAAAUAAUUAUGAAAAUGCCAUGAAGCAUAAGCAGAUAGGCAACAUUUUCGUUAAACAACAGCAAUGGAAUGAGGCACAUCAAUGUUACACCAAGGCUUUAAAGUUCUAUCCACAUGAGGCAGUAUUUUAUGCAAAUCGAGCACUAUGUCAUCUGAAAAUGAACACAUUACAUUCUGCUGAAGAAGAUUGUACUGCUGCUAUACAUUUGGAUGAAACAUACGUUAAAGCAUACCAUAGGCGUGCAACUGCAAGGAUAGAAUUAGGAAAAUUUGAAGAAGCUAAAUAUGACGUGGAAAAAAUAUUGUCACUAGAGCCAAAUAAUAAAGAAGCUAAAUCAAUGCUUUCUACGAUCGCUAAGAAGAUUAAAAAUGCAAAGCCAGUUAUUAUAGCAGAUGAUUCAGAAGCACCAAUCGAGAAAAACAUAGGUAAAAAUGUAUGGGAUGAAUUAACCAUGCGAUACAAAAAGAAGAAUGUAAAUAAAUCACUACCAGUGAUUGUAUCACAAAAUGACUCGAUUGCUGCAGUGCAACAUGCAGUACCUGAAUUAUUGUUAGUGCACAGGAGAAAUGUUGCAGUUGUAAAUCCAACUGUUAAACCACCUCAUCAACGUUCAAAAAUGCUUUUAAGGAGGAUACCAGUGAGAGAGAUAGAUUUUGAUGUAUUGUCAAGUAAAUGUGUGUCAAGGUGUAAUGUGAAAAAAACAUGCGUGCAGAAAAUUAAACUUGAUACAUUAAUAGAAGAUCGUAAAGAUGAUAUUACAAGCCGGGAAACAUGUACUAGAUUGACAGGUCUUGCUGAUGAUGAUUAUAAGGUUCCUCCAGUACCAAAAACUGCAAUUCAAUUUAUUGUUGAUUGGAAAGAGAAUAAAUAUCCAGAAUAUCGAUAUAAAUACUUACAGCAAAUACCUGCAGGCAACAUACAUUUAAUAUUCCAAGAUUCUAUGGAUUCCGAAAUAUUCAGCGAGAUCAUAGAAAUCUUGAAGACAGAAUUCAUAAAGAGAUGUAAACCAGUGUUUGCAUAUUUAAAGGACUUAAGUCAACUUAAAAGAUUUAGAACUCUUGUAAUGUUUAUGAGUCAUGUUGACAAAGAAGCAUUAACUUCAUUAUUUUUAUACUGCCACAUCAUGGAAGGUCGAAGGGGAGAAGAAUUUGCAGAAGUAGAGGCAAAAUAUGGAAAUUGAGACACUUGUAUUGAGAAAUGUUUUUGAAAAAUAAAUAAUAGAGCAAUAAGUUGCAAAAACUUGGAAUAAAAGACAUUUUGCUACAGCUGGUUGUUAAAAAUGUCAGUUAUCCUUGAUGUUGAUAAAACAAGUUCUGUCUGAGGUGGAAAUCUCAUUGCCUGUUUUAUUUUAGGAUCUUUGCAAAACAGAACAUUUAAUUAAUUAAAUAUUUAUUUGCUCAUAUUGGAGGGAAACACGUAACAAUACGGAACUUCAAAAAAUAUGCCACUAUUAUUUUUAUCUGGUUUCAAAUGUUCCUAUAAACAUAAUACGAUAUAGACAUUAGUGCAAAACGUUCGCAGCAUUUCUAUCUAAAGUAACUACAGAUUUAAAAUUCUCAAGAUGCUGAACAGAUUAACUAGGACAGUAAAAAACAAGUUUACAACAACAGAGACAUUUAGAGUGAUGUACGGUGAUUCCCUAGUGUCAGAUUACUAAAAAUAGUUGUUUAAUGACAAACAGUGCUAGCUAUCAUUUUAUAACCGAAGUUUCUCACGUUAAAAAUAAAUCAUUAUAUAGUUAAAUUAGUAAACAUUGACUUCCUUAUAUAAACUAAUAAUUUUUUAAUAUUCUAUCAUAAGAUAAAUAAAACCACGUUUGGAAUUAAACAAAGAUAAAUAUCACAUUUAGAACGUAUUUUAGAAACAAUAAUAGGAGAGGAAGGUGUAUCAAGUUUUUAUGAAAAAUUACUUUACUAAGGGUUGAUCGAUGAUUAUUUUCUGUAGGGUACAAUUUCCUACGAAAUUUGUUUUUAAGUAUAAUUUUCGUUUUAUAAAGAUUCAUAAGUAGAUUCUAUGUUUUUAUCAAUAAUAUUUAUAUGAUACACGAGCGAAUAAUAUUGGUUUCUCGUCCGAAAUCACUAAUAUAGAAUCAUUCAAUUUCUGCUCAUUAAUAUUAAUUUUUUUUCUUACAAAUUUGUUAUUCAAUAUUUCAGUUUUCUUGCUGCAUGUGUACAACAUUAUAAAAUAAAUAAGGAAGGGAAAUUAUCAAAAAUACUUAUUAAGUUAUCAUUUUCGCUUUCUGCAACAUGGAAAUCAUGAAACUAUAUUAAGUGAAAAUAACAACAAAAUCAUCAUAUAAAUGCAAUAAAGGGUAAAGAGAGCUGUACAAACAUUAAUAGUUAUUGUAUGAUCAUCUUCUCAUUUAUUAGAAUGGAAAAUAGUACAAGAGCAAGAAUCAUUGAAAAACAAGCAUUACCUAUCAUUUUGAUACAAAUGCUGAAUAAUAAAUAUUUUGAUGUAGGAAACAGAAACUGGUUAUCACUAUAAUUAAUUAGUUAUGAAGAUAUACUACAAUAAUAAGGCGCUACAUUUAGUUUUGCCAAAAAAAAUCAAAUAUAACUUAAAAAAUAGAUUCAUAGCUAAGCAACUUAAAAGACAUAUGGAAUUAUGCAGGGUUAAUUAUAAUCUUAUUAAAUGCGAAUUUUACAAAUAUUUCAAUUUGGUAUUUUCUUUCCAGUCGAGAGGUAUAUGAUAUGAACAUGCGCAAUAUAUAUGUACAUAUAAUCUGGCAACUGCAAUCACCUUUAGUUUUAUGAGUCCUCAUUGACCAAGAAUCUCUCUACAAAUUAAACCUUUGUACUCGAGGACUUUGCCAUUCCAUUUACCAACAGUGGCUGACAGUCACCUCUCGAGUGCAAAGGGUUAAUUAUGUGCACCUCCUUCAACGCAUUUGUUCCUUAUUAAAAUGCAGUCCAAAGUGACUUGAAGCUUACAUUUCUACAUUAGUGAAGUUUGGUGCAGGGUUAUCAGAUGUACAAUACUUACCGUAGAGGUACGAUCAUUUCUAUUUAGGAUAACUUCGAAUUUAUAGCAACUUUAAAAUGUAUUUAUACAGUCAAUACGUUGUUGAGAACGAAAUGUGAACUGAUUUUCCAUCUUUUGUAAUAAAGAA